ACAAUCUUUUUCUAUAUGCGUGCUCCGCGACGGAGAUUGGCGAUCAUCAAUGCAAUUUGGAUUCUAUUGACUGCAGCUCGGAACAGAGAUGUUGAGUCAAUGUUGAACCACUCUCUCAGGUUCCUUAUACAAUAAGCACAUUAUAAAAAUGAUAUUAUAAUGACAAUAUAAAAAUUCACACCGAAGAAGAAAGAAGUCUCAUUUCAAGAAGUGUGAUUGUACGAACGAAUGGUAUCCUUUCAAUGGUCGGCGCAUUGUCAGUUUGUCGCUGAGUAAAAAAAUAAAAAAUGAUCGUACCUACUUGUAUGUAGAUGUAGUGAUUUUUUUAAUUAUAAAGAUAACGCAAUUAGGCGACCUUAGUGUGGUGUCUGUGAGGUUAGGGAACGAGUUCAUUGUUUGUAAUAGAAGUUUUUGAUGUACAUGUUUUUAGAUGGUUUGAGGAAAUUGGAGCAUGCGGCUGUGCAAGAGUACGAGACGUACAUGAGUGGAGCUGCUCCACCUCAGUCUAGGCCCAGUGCGUACCUAGCACAAGACCGAAGAAUUAUUUCAGCCUCCAACCAGUUGUUGGCGGGAGACAUUGUUGUCUCGGAAUUCCUCCAUCUUGUGUGUCACACCAUUGACAAUGUGUACGAUCCACAAAGUGGAUUCUUAGGCCUAUCUGAUGAUGAACAAGAUGAUGAUGAGGUUGCUCCACCACCACCUCCUCCAGCAAAUCCUUUGAUGGCUCCAGUGCUAGGCGAAGGUGACGAGGUUGCCGCGGGUCAGAGGGGCGACCAACAAGAUCCUGCGCCAGCAGCAAGAGGUCGGAGACGUCAACGUGGAAGAGGACGAGGACGAGAUGGAGGACAAGUCGGAGGACGAGGACGAGAUGAAGGACGAGGCCGUGGUCGUGGCCGUGUCCGUGGUCGUCAACGUGGUGGACACCAACCUCUCGCCGGAAAUGACGAUCCUGCACAGGCACACAGCUAUUGUAAUGUGUGUCUCACACACAAUAACGAUAUGAUGGUCGCUUUGCCAUGUGGACACAUCUCCGUAUGUUCCAUGUGCCUCCCACAGUUGGUGCCACACGUGGAUGAAGGAGUAAGGUGCGUGUCGUGUAGGACACCCGUAACAGGUGGAUUCCACCGUGUAUUCUUUUAACAUUGUAUUAUAAAUAUUUUUUCCUAUAGUUGAAUGGAAAAGAGGCUUUUGUACACUAAUUACAGUAAGCAAAAUAGUAAAUAGGUUAUCCCAAACCAGAUCUUCUUUCCGCACGUUACGAUCUGCUGGCGGAAAGAAAAAUUAGAACAUAGCCGACUUUAUUAAGACUACUAGAGGUAGUCGUGGCCGUGGCACUCUAGUUUGUACUAGAAUAUUCAGGAUAUGUAUGAUAGUAGGAAUAAGACCUUUAAACGACACUGUCCAUAAAAUUGUGUGAGUUGAAUCCGUUUUAUUUUUGUAGAAUCGAAAUUGUAAUUACAUUAGAAUAAAAUUAUCAUUCUGAUAAUGUGAUAAUAGUUGGUAAAAUUAAUAGUAGUGUGAUAAUAGUAGUUAAAAUUAUCAUUCUGAUAAUGUAAUAAGAGUUGGUAGAUGAUGUGAGUAAGUAACUGUGUCUAAUUCCUCACAUUUAUGAGAAGUUAUCAGAGUUGCAUUUUGUUCACAUGUUCUAUCAUGACUUCAGGAAAGUUUGAACCCUUUGCAUUCUUAUAUUCAGUAAAGCUGGAUAUGACACUUAUCACUGCAGCUCUGAAUAUAAAAGACGGGUACCUGCCCACCUUUCUUGUGCACAGCUGUGUAAAAGAAUUAAUUUAAUCGACUCUACAGCCUGCAAAUUUUAGCAGUACUUUACAAAAUGUACCAAACUCCUAUAUUCAGGAUCCAAAUAUUUGAAUGUUGUGUUUAUUCUACAAAGCUCACUUUAACUUCAUCUCAUUCUCAAUUUCAUGCUCUUUGAGCCAAUACAAUAGAAAAAUAUCAUAUUUCAUUAAAUACCUUAUAAAUGAGCUCAUAUCAAAUUAUUUGUAGAAUUAAAAACUCCAAUUUCAAAUUAUUGAGAAAAAACAGAGCACACAAUUUUUCAACAUAGUAGAAUCUUCGAAUAACGCAAACGAUAAUAUGAAAAAUUAUAAUAGGUACAAGAAUAAAAGCAUUCAACUAGCAUUCUACAUUCGAGUAGCCUACUUAAGCUAGUAGUAGAUUUGAUUUUUAUUGUAAAAUAUAAUACUGUACAUAAAAUAUUUAUAUGAAAAAUUAUAAUAGGUACAAGAAUAAAAGCUUUCUACUAGCAUUCUACAUUCGAGUAGCCUACUUAAGCUAGUAGUAGAUUUGAUUUUUAUUGUAAAAUAUAAUACUGUACAUACAUUUUUUUGUCUUGGAUUGGAAGUUUUCAAGAAAGACUCUAUUAAGUUAAUUUACUGCUUUUCACUUUUCGAAGGGAAAAGUGUAAAUUUCAAGUGAUAGCUUCCUAUAAUAGUGUCUGAUUAACCCCUUACUUUGUACUACGUACGGCGAGGUGGAACAAUCCUUGGGUCUCCCCGCCCUUCAAAGCCAUAAGCUAAUAAUAAUAAUAAAAUUGAAAUGUGUACUUAUAUUUUUUUGUAAUCAAUAAUUCCCAUUAUAAUCGAUCUUUAUUAUUCAUCAACUUACUAAUAAUUAAUCUUUCUUUUAAUAUUUCACUAGUAUAAUUAGGCCAGUAGGCCUACACACAUGAUUUUUCUUUGAGUACUAAUUGAUUCUUGACAACUAAAUAUCUCUAUAAUAGAUGGCUGUAUAUUUCCUACUUAGUUAAGAAGAAUCAUUUAUCAAAGAAAUAUGAAAUUUAAGAAGCAAUUAAGUAGAUUACUACUGCUUUUCAAUACUACAUAAAAUAUGCAAAUGAUAUUUAAUUUUGUCAAUUAAUAGUAUUAUUUUACCGUUGAUACAAUAAUAAUGUAACAUGCUAUGUCUAUAUGUCUAUAUAUAUAUAUAUAUAUAUAUAUAUAUAUAUAUAUAUAUAUAUAUAUAUAUAUAUAGCCUACUUUGUUUAAAAGUGAUAGAUUAUUUUGAUAAUUUUGUUUUCAGGCAAAUUUUUAAUACAGAACAAUUUUUAUAAAACUUGUAUUUAUUAUUUCUCAGUUUAUCCCUCUAUGAAAAACAAUCAAUAUAGUCAAUUUGAUCACUUGACAAGUAAAUCACUGAUCGAAACUUUGAACCUAUAUUCUGUCUUUUUGAAAAGCUUUUUAUUCCAUUCAAAUCUGGAAAAUCAGUGAAUACUAUAGAGUGAAUAUUAUAAUAAGUAGAAUUGAUCCCGUCAACCAUGUCCUAUUGUAGCCUAUUUACAACUAAUUUUCUUUGCAGAUGUGGUUGUGGUUUAAGAUUUGCAUCUGUGGAGAGAAAAAUUAUUUUAUUUUGUUUAAUUAUAGAGAAAAAACAAUAUUGAACAACAAGGUACAAUGGAUUAAUGUUAUAAGCCUCCAUAAGUGUAGGGGAAUGUCAGCUAGCCUUCAACUAGCUUGAAGCUUGCUUAACCCAACUGUCCAGUUGGAAGUGCAUUUGGUAGUGCUUAUUUUGGGACUACAUUUGGUAAGUGCAUUACAUAAUGGUGUUUCAUGUUUCAAAUUCAUGAACCAGUUACAUGCAUAGAUGUAACUAGAUAGAUAGAUUGAAUAGCAUUCACUGCUCACCUAAAUCAGGGGGAUCUGGAACUUGUCAAAAAAUCUAAAUGGUCGAACAAAAAAUACACAGCCCACAGUAACAAAUACACAACACACAGGGAAAGAAAACAUUAUACCAUUCAUGUGAAGUAAUGUUGAAUAUACUAUUCCUUUGAGUAAAAAGCACUUUUAGAGAAAUCUAUCUUUAAAACUUUCGAUGAGAUCUGAAGUUGCGUUCAUUCAUACUCUUCAUGAAAUCAGGUAAAAUAUUAUAUAAUUGGAUGCCAGAGCUUCUGUUGCAUAUUUUUCCAUUUUCAUCGAAAAAACACACUGGCGUCUGCCGAACGUAACUUUAUCACAAUGCAGCACCUUGCAUUUUCCUUUGAUGUCUCUCAAUAGAAUUUGUUGAACUAUUCAGUUGGAAAAAUAACUAGUAGUUCUGUGAACAGUAGACCUCGCGCAGUUAAAAACCACAGCCUCCAUCAGGGUGAAUUAUGUGCUGUUAUGACGUGACGUAUCGGCGA